CCAUCUCCCGUUUGCCAUCUGCCAUCUGCCGUUUGCCAUCUGCCAUCUGCCGUCUGCCGACCAGCACCUUAACCAAGAUCGUCCUGAGCGAGCCGUACACCCACCAGCCCCGAACACCGCAAUGAAGCAGAUCGUCGCCCUUGUGCUUGGUGUCGCUGCCCUCUUGGGAUGCAGUCAUGUCGCAGACGCUCGUGAAGUGCCAUCCAAGCCAGCGCCCGCACGGGUUGUUGCCGUUGGUGACUUCCACAGCGACUAUCCAAGCACCCUCAAGGUGCUGAUGCUCGCCAACAUCACCGACAAGAAUGGUGACUGGGUUGGAGGAUCUACAACCUUUGUCCAAACGGGCGAUGUUGUCGAUCGCGGGCCCGAUACUAUCAAGCUCUACGAUAUGAUGCGGCGUCUCCAGAAGCAGGCCAAAGAAGCCGGCGGGCGAGUCGUUCCCCUUCUCGGUAACCACGAGGUCAUGAAUAUGGCCAACGACCUGCGAUACGUGACCCCGGAGGACUUUGCUUCGUUUGGAGGCGACGAGCAGCGUGCGCACGAAUGGAGUGCCAAGGGCGAGCUGGGUUCAUGGCUCCGGGGUCUCGGCAUCACCACCAAGGUCGGCGGCACGGUAUUUGUCCAUGGCGGCAUCCAUCCGUCUUGGGCCCGGCACGGCGUCCGCAAGCUCAACGAAAUGGCCAGGGCUGCCUUGACUCUUCCUCCCGACCAGAUCCAUCGCCAGGCUAUCUUUGAUGGAAAAAGUCCCAUCUGGUAUCGCGGUUAUGCAUCCAACCCAGAGGCAACCGAGUGUGCCGUGCUUGAGCAAGCUCUCAACUACUUGGGCGCAAAGCGCAUGGUCGUUGGCCAUACGCCCCAGCAAAGUGGCAAGAUCCUCAAGCGCUGUGGCGGCAAAGUCUUUGUGAUCGACGUCGGCAUCAGCCGUUACUAUGGCUUUGGAUAUGCCGCACUCGAGAUCCUCAACGACGAGACCGUGAAUGCGCUCUAUCCCGACAACGGCCAUGAUGAGUUGUGACUCGCGGCGGGGGCUCUGUUGAUGGAGUCUCCCGAUUCUGCUGGACUGCCGCCAAUGGUUCGGCGACCCUGAACAUGAAAGCGCACAUCCUUCGAUAGAGCUGCAUAGGAUCGUGCCGUCGACAGCGAAUAUCACAUUCUACUCUGGGCGCCUGGCCCUGCACGUCGAGUGUUUGCCCAUACAUAUACUUGGCGGCGGACAUGGCCGUGCAAAUCCAAAUCGCAGCUCGGGCAGCGCCAUAUCGACGGAGCAACUUGGGC